ACAAAUAAUUUAAAAAAAAAAAAACACAAACAAAACAGCGCAAUAUGGGAGAAGAAUCGGUGAAGUUAAUUGGAGCGUGGUUUAGUCCUUUCAGUUUCAGAGUGAAGUGUGCUUUAGAAUUGAAAAAAAUCGAAUAUGAUUACAUAGAAGAAGAUAUGUUUAAGAUGGAGAGGCCAAUAAUAUCGAAGCAUAACCCAAGUUGUGAUAAGGAGAAUAAAAAAGGUGCCGGUUUUUGUUCAUGGUGGAAACUCAGUUUUGGAGUCCAUGGUUAUCGUUGAGUACAUCGAUGAAAUGUGGCCAGACCGCUAUCCGUUGCUACCAAAAGACGUAUACGAAAAAUCUAUCGUUAGGUUUUGGAUUAAAUUCAUCGAAGACAAGAGUACCGUCUUUUUUAUGUUUUUCAUAACAUCGGGGGAAGCAAAUAAGAAGGCACAGGGAGAUAUGUUGGAAUUGUUGACAACCAUUGAGACGCAAACUGGAUUUAAAGAUGAUAACUGUAAGUUUUUUGGUGGUGACAAGAUUAAUGCCGUUGACUUGGCAUUUUCUCCUUUUGCUUACUGGCUUGGAGCUAUGGAAAAAGCAGAAGGAGUGUCCCUUCUUGAAGCACAUAAAUUCCCUAAACUUCAUGCCUGGACCGAAGCACUCAAACAAGAUCCAGUGAUACAGAAAAACCUCCCGGACUUUGAGGAACUGGUGGUUUUUUUCGAAAAUAUCAAGAAGUAUGGCUACCAACAGACACCACCAAGUACUUAAAUAAGUCAUCUUUCUCAGAUCUCUCUAUUGAGAAACCGUACAAGAUUACUACAAGAGGGCCACGGAAGACUGUUCUUGUUUUCAUUUUAUAUUCUAUGUGUGCGCUUUAAAAUUUGAAUAAAAGGUGUGGUUGUUAUAAUAAGUGGUGUGACAAGGGUUUUAAAAAACGGAUAUGAAAAAAAUGUUUUUACA